CUAUGAUCCGGCGCGUGGACGGAGACACACUGCAUUUCUCUCCCUCUCUCUCACACACACACUCAAACACACACACACACACACACACACAGAAGGAGAGAAAGAGAGAGAGGAGGCGGAAACCUCCAUCUGCCCUGCUCGGUGACCGACCCGUCAUCCUCGGGCUCGGGGAAGAAACGGAUCAUCUCCUCGGCGUUUUGGUCCUCACCGUGGAUGAGGAAACCGGAGGAGAAACCGAGCAGGUGACAAAAGAAGGAGAAAAAAGGAGGGAAUUUAUCAUGGAGGAAAUCUAUAGUCUAUAUAUAGGCUAUGCCCCGGACUGCACCAACACCACCACCGCCGCCGCCACCACCUGCCCUCCUGGUACCGGUAAGUCACGGAGGAGAGGCGGGCUGCCGGGGGAGAAUUGUCCGUCCCGUAGUGGACUGAUGUCAGCUUAUCGAUGCUAACUGACCCGUGAAAAUGACUCCUGAGGUCUUGUGAGGUCGGGUUACCGUUCAGCCAUGUUGCAGGAGAGAGAGAGAGGGAGAGAGAGAGAGGGAGGGAGGGGGCGAGGAGGUGGGGGGUAACGGCUGGGCUCUUGACACCUGCCCUCGUUUCCGGUGACUGAAGGGGGGGAAAAAACUAAAUAAUGACUGAUCCCGCGGUUCGACUUACGGUCGGAGAGGGAGCACCGCCACCCCUCACUCUCUCCCUCACUCACCGGGAAAUGACUUUCUGACUCGGUGUGUCGGGGAGUCUGAGUGUCGUUCAGCCAUGUUGCAGAGGGGAGGGAGAGAUAACUAGCUAACGGCGGGACUCCGGGGGGUUUGACACCGACCGACACCGAGGGGAAGAGAGGGGGUGUUGUGGAGAAAACUGGUGCCCGGUCAUUCCGCUCCCCCGUGGGAUGCGGAUGCGGCAGCCGGUACCGUGUCGCCUAGAGACGGAGGCAGGAACGGGGUCGGCGAGGGUAGCGAGUGAACCGAGGCGAAGGAAAGGCUGCUGGUUACAUCAUUUUUAUGUAAUUUAAACACUUAACAUGUUUUAGAUUUCACUAAGUAUUCAACAUUUCUGUGUAAUUAUUAUUAUUUUUUUUUUAAAUCUAAACGAAUAUUUAAUAUGCAUUUAUUCCCUUGAAGCAGUUCUGUAAACCUAGUAUACUUAAAAAUAUAUAAAUAUUUAAUUUUUUUAAAUUAUUUAUUCACAUUUUUAAAAUUCUCGUAAUUCAUUUUUUAUAAAAGUCUAAACAAAAAAAAAUUUUAACGAAACAUUACCUUCAGCCUAGUCUAGCAAUAGCAGAAAUGACUUUUUAAAUUUUUAAAAUUCAAAAAUAUUAAAAAUUUGAAAAUAAUUUAGCUGCAAAUAUUUAUUUUUCAAAAAUAAUUUAUCACAGGAUUUAUUUUUUUAGUUGGACUUAUUAUAAUUUAAAAAUAUUUAAAUAUAUUUCUUAUCAAAAUUUUGCUCAAAUCCAUCAAUGUCAAUACUUACAAAAAUUUUGACAAUUUUUUGAUAGGUGUGGUAUUAUUUUAAAUUUUCCUACAUUUUUUUUGUUAAAUUUUCAUGCAUUAUUUAAUGUCAAUAGUUACACAUGUUUUUGAAUUUUUUGAUAGGUGUGGUAUUAUUUUAAAUUUGUUACUUUUUGAAUUAAAUUUUUAUGCAUUUUUCAGUGUCAAUACUUCAUUUUUUUAAAUUUUUUGAUAGCUGUGGUAUUAUUUUAGAUUUGUUACAUUUUUGUAUUAAAUUUUUUUGCAUUUUUAAAAAAUUUCCCAGUUGCUACAACGUAAAACUAAGUCAUUAAAUUUUCUUAAAGGACUCAUGCAGUUGUACUUUAGUCUUUUGUCUCAUUACGUGUUUCUUUACAGCAGGAUCGGUACAGAGAAGGACAGGUGUUUGCUCACCUGUCUAACCCUGUAUUCUGUUUCAGUGCAUCAGUAGACAGUGUUCAGGACGACCAGCUGGCUGCAGGUGGAAGUGCUUAUUGAUGAUCAUUGAUCAUAAUUGAUGAUUGUUUGUCGGUGGGAAGGUCAGGCCGGGAGACGACACAGCAGGGUCCGUUACCAUGGCGAUAACGCAAAAUGAUUUAUCCCCUUAUUAUUGGGGCCUCAUCCGUUCUAUAAUUAAUUCAUUCACAGAUCCACUUUGUUCAUGUUUCUCCUCUUUUCUCCCCUUUUUCUCUCACCCUUCCUCCCUUUGUCCCUCUCUCUCUCUCUUUCUCUCUGUCUCCAUCCUCCUCUGUCCUCGCUCGCCCUUCGUCCUCACCGCUCCUGUCUCUCCUCUCCCUCCCUCUCUCUCUCUCUCUCUCUUUCAGGUCAAUGAGAGGCAGCAACAGCCCGGUCUGAACCAAAAAUCCUCCCUCGCCAGUUUCUCCUUCACCGCCAUCACCUCCUUUUCUUCUCCUUCUAUUUCUCGACCAUGUUCUCCUCACUUCCAUAUGUUAACAAACACACUCGUCUUAUUUUAGCAUCUCUGCCUUCCUCCUCCUCCUCCUCCUCUUCUUCCUUCUCUCUUGCCCUCCUCUCUUCUGAGUUUUGACUCCCUCUCCUUUCACACACACACACUCACACACACACACACACACACCGGAAAAUGAAGCGUGGGUCGAGUGUGUUGCAGCCUCCCUCUGAUGCAGCCAAACGACACACACACCCUGCAAACACACACGCAAACACACACUCCGGUGGCAGCAACGCUGGCUCGCUGAGUGUGACCGACACACACGCUGCAGACACGCACGCUGAUCACACAGCAGACACACACGCCACGGGUUCAAGUCCCUUCCCGGCGGCCACCUCUCUCUUCAGCCCUGAUGUCAGCACCAAGAUGGCGUCCGACCUCCUCAUUAGACUGUCAGGUAGCGCAAACACACACACACACACUUACACACACUCGACUAAUUAAAGAGUUCUGAGAGCACUUUUGAUCAUUAAUUGAUUUUAAUUGAUGAAAUUUUAAUCAACAAACAAAUAAUCAAAUUAAUUAUCAAGGCAGACGAGACGACCAGUUUUAUCUUGAUUGACAGUUUAAGGACAAAUAUAUAUGACACUGAAUUUACACAUUAAUUUACAUUAAAGAUAGAUGAGAUGAUGAGAUAUACUUAUAAAAUAUGUUUGAUUGUUGCUCAAAUUCCCUGUCCUUAAAGGGAUAUUCCGGCGUGAAAUUAAUUUAAGGUCAAACACACAGUAACACUGAGUUAGACACCUCAUCCAGAGAUGAAUGUUGCCGCUUACUUCUUAAUUUAUACCAACUUUAGUAACGACCGCAGGAUAGUAAUACAGAGAGCCACGCGCUCAACCAAAACACCACUCUAUAGCCACAAAUAAUGCUCAGAACAGCACCUAACUUCGUUAUGGUCUACAGUGGGGUUUCGCAGCUCAAGGAAGAACAUUUAUGAUAAUUACUUUAUCAUUUCCUUGAAGUAAUAAUCAUCAUAUUAAUCAUUUUGCGCUGCAGACGCGGUAGUUCUUCUGUCUUAGCGUCUCGGUCUGAUUGUAUUUCCAUGAAGAAAUGAUCAUAAAUGUUCUUCCUUGAGCUGUGAAACCCCGCUGUAGUCUGUAACAGACUGGCCUGAGGUCUCAAUACAAACAAGCAGCUGCUGGAAGAGAGUAGGUGAGUUGUGUUUAGUCUCUUUGCUGAAGAAAUGAGUCAAAGUUAAAAAGAUGUUUGGUGUCUAGUACUAUGUCUGUGACCCUAUAUGUCCUGUUGAUGAAGUAAGGUGCUGUUCUGAGCAUUAUUUGUGGCUAUAGAGUGGCGUUUUGGUUGAGGUUUGUUUAUGGCUCCUCAGACCGCUGUGUAUUUCUAUCCUGCGGUCGUUACUAAAAUUGGUAUAACUAGAGAAGCAAGCGGUCGGCAACAUUCAUCUCUCUUGACGGGGUGUCUAAUUUGGUGUUACGGUGUGUUUGACCAUAACUUAAAUUUUACGCCGGAAUAUCCCUUUAAAUUGCAAAUGGCUUUCAAGCAAUGAGUCAGGCUCAACUUGAGUUUUCUGCCUGUAGAUCUGGAAGGUUUUCCUUGCUGCUGCUUUUCAAGAUUAUCAUUGACAGCCCAACAGCCUUCGAUUCUGGCAAUGUUGAUCGUGAUUACGUUUCAGGUGUACCUGUACCUGUACUGGAACAAGUCCAGUUUCUACAUCUAUAGAUGUUAUAUUGACCAUGAUUAGAUACUGAGUUUGGCUUGAUCAGUUUGCACCUGUAGCCGAACAAUCACAGUUUUUGACGCUCAUGGAGUCUAAAUGAUGGAAGAGUUACAUAAUAUAUCAGAGUAAUGAACCUCUCAUGGAGAGCUGAGUGCGUUUAUCAGGCUGUAACAUGAACUCUACUGUAAUCUGUUUAAAUUUCAAUCAACUCUUUCCCUUCAGAGGCCACCCAGAAGGCCCAGAUGCAUCCUGGGGGGCGAGCGGAAGUGGAACUCCAGAGGCGUGAGGCCCUGCCGGAGGUGCGCGGCGGUCAGCAGGACGAGCCGGGCCUUGCUCUUUCACCGGACGGUCCCGGGGCGAGUCCUGAGCCGCCGUCGCUCUCGCACACACCUGACAGCAACGCCGCCACGGACACCCUGGCGUCAGACAUGCUGAGGAAACUGGCAGGUAGGGUCGUGCGUGAGAUGUGCUUUCAGGUUAAACCCUGACCUCUUUCUAUAUACAACGAAUGCUGCGUUCCAGUUGUAUUCAGAAGUCAGAAUUUCCGAGCUCCGAGUCGGAAAUUUAUCUGGAACUCCCCCCUGAAGUCGUUGUACUCGUUGUACUGACCAUCGUCUAACUUUGAACGCGUUGCCAACGACAAUUAACCAUGGCUAACGACGGCUGACAAUCAUAAACAACAGCUAACAACGGGUAACUGUAGGCAUCCAUCUUGAUUUUCUGACUUGUUAACUGGGACGCCGUCAACUCGGGUGUAACGGCAUUCCCAUCUCCGACUUCCGAGGUAACUGGAACGCAGCGUUAGUUUAAUGCAGUAAAAAUCGAGGAAUAAACACAAAUUUCUGUCCAAUCACAGAGCGUCAGGAAGUAAACAUCCACGCUGUGAGGAUCAAAGAAGAGGAAGAGCCGAUGGAAGUCGACGCACUUGUUGUGCGGGAUCGACCGCUCACGAAAGAGAUGACCUCACCUCCUCUGAUUCAGGUCCACCAUCACUUCAACCUGAAAACAGAGGACCAGGUCCUCAGUGGCAACAAGAACGGAGAGCAGACGCACCCAGGAGCCAAAAUGGCCGACCAGUGUCUUCAUGGCCUUAAAACCGAGGACAUGUUUGUUUCCAGCUCAAAGACCGCGGACAGCCUCAUCUCUGGAGCGAACAAGUUUCAGUUUAGAGUGAAGAUUGAGGAUCACCGUCUCCCUGGAACCAAAACAGAGGACCAGCUUCUACCUGGAGCCAAAAUGGAGGAACGUCGCCUCCUGAAAGCAAAAAUUGCAGAGCGGCCGCUCUCUGCAGCCAAAAUAAACAACCGGUUUCUCCUCUCUGGAGCCAAGAUGGAGGAGCAGUUUCCCUCAGGAGCCAAGAUGGAGAACCAAGUUCUUGUAGGAACCAAAAUGGAGGCACGGCUUAUCCCUGGAGCCAAAAUUGCUGAUCAGGUUUUCCCGGGAGUGAAGACAGAAGAUCAGCUGUUCUUCGGAGUCAAGACGGAGGACCAGUUCAACUCUGGAGCCAAGAUGGCCGACCAGUGCCUCCGCGCUGUGCUGUGGCAGGACAUGUCGGUGAAUCUGGCGUCCACCCUGCUGCACCAGCUCUCAGGUAACAAAUACAAAGAUGUUUUUAAUUUAAAGACCAAAUUAGUACUCGACUGAAUACUUUAUAAAAGACGGGAACAAACGGGAACUUGGUCCAAAGAAGGUCUGGAUUUGGAAAUCAAGAUCCAGACGGAGAGUGAAUACAAGAUGUUUGAGCCUCCGGAACAGCUCCAAUUUCUGCCUUAUGCCAAUUCCUACCAGAUCCGUUUGUAAGACGAAUUUUGCUGCAGAUUACGGACAGCUGUAAUCGCGAGAACUUACAAGAACCCGCAGAUUCACGUUCAAUCGCGCGAUAACGAGUUGUCUUUAGCCACAGAGGCUAACAAUAUAAAGAGUAGACUGUGUCCUUCCAGAGGAGGAAAUCUACUUCUAGACUUCUAGAAUCAGCAUCUCCUCAUCCAUGGUGUCAUUGGGGUGAAAUGACGUCUGAACACCUUUCACUUGUUCGUCUCCGCCCAUUUGCAUGGUGUGAAAUACGAUCCUCCUGAAACACGAAGCCGGAUGUUUUAUUUUGUGUCUGUGCCCGACUUCCUUUCCAGCACGGAUUAAUCUGUGCUGAAUUUAUCCGGCAUGCUCCAGUGCCAGGACUCCGACGAUCCGCAGCGGAAUGCAAAGAAGCCGGUGGAAAUUGAAACAUUGACUUCGAUGGUUACGAUUAGCUAAGGUCGGCGGAUACGGCCUUUUCGUAGGCCUUUUCUAGAUCCAUCUUCUGUGAUUAUUUGAGGGGUCAAACCUUCCCACCAAACAUCGGACGUCGAAGAGACGUGCAGAUCAAGUCAGUACUGGGUCGGUCCGUCAAAGACCACAUCUAGACUUCAAAAUAGGAUAGAAAUUCCGACGUCGCUCUGACAUUUAGAAUUUGGAAGUCAUCUGAAGACCAAAUCUAGACGUCGGCAUAACGUGUAAAAUGGAGCCGAGAUUUAGACGUAAUUAUUGGACCUCUUUUAGACGUUGAAAUGACGUCCAGACAUCGAAAAAAUACGUUAAAUAGAUGUCAUUACGACGUCGCAUUGCGCAGCAGGCUCUGUUAGACCAGUGUGGUUACCAAGACCCGAGACUUUCGAUCACCUCCUCCUGAAAAUCUUUAUGAAGAUCCCAAUUUUCCCGAUCCCUAAUUCCUGAUCUGUGUUUCCUCAGAGAGAGUCAGUAAAUCCAACAGUCGGCUGGUCGAGAGGAUGACUCCGCCCCUCAGGAACAGGUGACUACUCGCCCUCGCCCUCGACUUUAACCUUUCCCCUGCCGUGUUCUGACUCCUGGUGUCAUAUUCUCCCCUCUAGUCCUGUUUUGAAGGUGAAUGUGGAUCCUCUUCGCUCCUCCCCUCUCCUGAGCUCCCAGGAACCUCCACAUGGUAAAAAAAAAACACACACACACACAAACACUCAUAAAAGGACACACAGAUACAGUAGGAGUAGAGUGAGUAUCUAAAAAAGCUCCAUCACGGCGUUUAGAUAAAAACGCAGCAGCAGCAGCAGCAGCGGCACAGAGAGAAGAGUCAGCUGCGCCCGCUCUGCUUGAGGAGGCGUCGAUCUCUGAAUGUCGAUCAGCGUCUUCUGGGAGAGUUGCUGUGAUCACACGCUGAGUCAGAGCCGAUCACCGAUCUGUUCUCAGAGUAGUAAAAAUAAGUCGGAGCAGAUCGCUGUUUUGUUCCCCGUCUAAUAAACAAUGAUGAGGAGUGACGCUGACAACCUAGCUAAGGCUGAAGGUGACUGAUCUGAUUUGAUCCCAGAAUCUGAUGUCAUGUUAUUAUGAGUCAGAGCAGCUGUUUUACAGCCAGAGAACAACACUUCAUUUGAGUUUAAUCAAUUAUUAAACAUCCAGAUAAGCAGUCAUUUGAUCUUUUUUAUUUUGGGGUAUUGUUGCCCCCAGGGGUGUAAUGCUAUUUAAUACUGCUGCACUAUUUUGUUUUACAUGCAGCUUCUACUGCUAAGAUAAAUAUUUCCCACAGUAUUAACCAUAAACUCUCAAUCAUGCAAUUAUGGAAGUGAGGAACCACAGAACGUCCCCACUCUGCAAACAUGUCCCCACAAAGUGUGAAAAUCACACAUGUCCCCUUAAUAUCAUAAAAACAAAAAUAAAUGUGAAUCUUUUUUUCAAGUAUCUCAAACAUGUAUAAUUGAGAUACUUGUACGCACAUGUACACACAUACAUGUUUGUUAUGCAGAACUCAUGAGGACUCUGUCCCAAUAAUAACAUAAAAACAAACGUAAGUGUGAAACUUUUUUUCUUGAGUUUAGUUAUUAAGCAACAGAAACCCGAAAAAGUACAAGUAUCCCAAACAUAUGUACGUUUGAGGUACUUGUAUGCACAUGUACACACAUACAUGUUUGUUUUGCAGCACUCAUGAGGACUCGGUCUGAGGUUCCCUUUCUUAAUUAAGGAACACAGAACCACAAAACGUCCCCACAUUGCAAAAUGUCCCCACAAAGUGUGAAACUUACACACGUCCCAAUAAAAACAUAAAAACAAACGUAAGUGUGAAACUUUUUUUGUUGAGUUUAGUUAUUAAGCAACAGAAACCCUAAAAAGUACAAGUAUCCCAAACAUAUGUAUGUUUGACGUACUUGUAUGCACAUGUACACACACAUGUGUUUGUUUUGCAGCACUCAUGAGGACUCUGUCUUAGGUUCCCUUUCUUAUAUAGCAAACAUAGAACCACAAAACGUCCCCACUUAGCAAACAUGUCCCCACAAAGUGUGAAAAUCACACACGUCCCAAUAAUAACAUAAAAACAAAAAUAAGUGUGAAUCUUACCUUGAGUUUAGGGUUCUAAAGCAACAGAAACCCUAAAAAGUACACAUAUGUGUUUGUUUUGCAGCACUGAUGAGGACUCUGUCUUGGGUUCCUUUUCUUAAAUAGGGAACAUAGAACCACAAAGCGUCCCCACUUUGCAAACAUGUCCUUGGAGGAUGUAAAUCCACACUAAUAUGAUAAAUAAAAAAUGACACAUUUUAUCUACGACAUACAUUUUAAACAAAUCAAACAUAAACAGUAGCACAAAAUAUAUAAACACACAUGUUUUGGAUGCCAUACCUCUACAUUUUUGCCAGAAAGAGUCACACGCCUGCAGAUGAAUUGUCUGAAAUGAAAUACUCUAAUGGACCUUAAAUAGUCAGCUGAGAUCAGUUCUUGUAAUCUGAAGUAAAUUUCUCCCUUUAGCACGCUACUGUAUUUAAAAGCAGUGUUAUUUUUAUUAUUAUGACUUUUUAACGGUCGUAUUUACCGAGUGUUAUGGAUUAACGCCGCCACCGAACUGCUCCUUUGGGUGUGAAGUAAAGACUCCGCUAAAGUGAAUCCACUAAACACAAACACUCACAGGCUACAGUCACAUACGAGUCUGUGAAUAAUAACCUCCAGAGGGACACAUCAUUAAAGGAUUUUUCAGCACUCUGAAGUAAACUAUGACAAAGUGGAAGACAGAGAUUUGUCUCAGCAUUUGCCGAACAGAAUAAUUUGUCUGUUUCUUUGUUUUUUCCCUCAUAGAAACCAAAACCAGCCUCAGCAGAGAACAAGCCACAGGUCGCUCUUACUUUUUCAGGUAACACACACACACACUCGAGGACACAUGCGUGUUUGUAAGUCUACACUUAUGAGGACCUCUAAACACACUUUGUAUUCUGACUUUAUAGUGAGUGAGUAGAUUUUUUUCAAUAAUGAGAAAUCACUAAUUCUCGUCACUUUGCAACAACGUUCUUAAAAGGUGUUUCUUUCGCCAAGGUCCCCACAUUGAUAGAAAAACAGACAGGGGCAGAAACGUUUGUUCUACAGCGCUAAUGAGGACACUGUGACAGAAACGCCUGCUGCCAGACCUUGAUCAUAUACCAACAAACAAGCAAUUACAAGAGUGAGAAACAACAUAACAGCACCGAUUUGCGGAACGUCCCCAUAAGGUGUAAAUUUCGCUAAGGUCCCCGUAUUGAUACAGAAACAAGAACAGUGGGAAUCCUUUCUAUUUGAGUUAAACGACAUGGUAACUCUGAUAUACUGGAUGCUGGUAACUAUAACUCCAAGUCUUGGUUUCCUGCAGGUGUCAUGUCUGUGGGUUUGAGACGGACGGGCGUGCCCUCUUCCAAAGUCACAUGACUGAACACCGCCAAUGGGAGCAGGCCUCAUUCUCCCUGCACUGCUGCGUGUGCGACCACUCGACCAAUCAGGAGACUGAGAUGAGGGCUCACGUCAACACACACUUACAUGGGAACACCAAUGCCAGCGGAGACAUGAGGUUAGCCCGUAAUUAAAAUCUCUUUGUGAGCUCUCUCUCAGUGAGCUCAGUCUGUCCCUUGGCUUUUCAGACACACACGCAUAUACACACCUGCUCCUCUCCUCUCUCCAUCUGUGCCUUCCUCCUGCCUCCAUACUUUAUUUCAUUUUGAUCUGAGCAGCUCACAGGAUUGUAAACCCCACAGGUCAAAACCAGAUGGUACCGGAAAGAGCGACACAGCUGAACCAAAACUUCCCACUGUUGAAUGUGCUGUUUGUGAUUGUCAGUUUUUAACCCUCUGAGGUGAAACUGAGUCUUACAUACUAGAGCAACUUCUAUUUGGGAUUUUAAAGGGAUAUUCCGGCGUAAAAUUAAUUUAGCGUAACAGCGAGUUAGACACCCCCUCCAGAGAUGAAUGUUGUCGACCGCUUACUUCUCUAGUUAUACCAACUUUAGUAACGACCACAGGAUAGCAAUACAGAGAGCGACGCCCUCAACCAAAACGCCACUCUAUAACCACGAAUAAUGCUCAGAACAGCACCUAACUUCAUCAACAGGACAUGUAGGGUCACAGACAUAGAACUAGACACCAAACAUCUUUUUAACUUUGACUCAUUUCUUUAGCAAAGAGACUAAACACAACUCACCUACUCUCUUCCAGCAGACGCUUGUUUGUAGUGAGACCUCAGACCAGAGCAUUACGGACUACAGCGGGGUGCCACAGCUCAAGGAAGAACACUUAUGAUCAUUUCUUCAUGGAAAUACAAUCAGACCGAGACGCUAAGACAGAAGAACUACCACGUCUACAGAGCAAAAUGAUUAAUAUGGUGAUUAUUACUUCAAGGAAAUGAUAAAGAAAUGAUCAUAAAUGUUCUUCCUUGAGCUGCGGCACCCCGCUGUAGUCUGUAAUGCUCUGGCCUGAGGUCUCACUACAAACAAGCGGCUAUAGAGUGGCGUUUUGGUUGAGCACGUGGCUCUCUGUAUUUCUAUCCUGCGGUCGUUACUAAAGUCGGUAUAACUCGAGAAGCAAGCGGUCGGCAACAUUAAUCUCUGGAGGGGGGGUCUAAUUUCACGCCGGAAUAUCCCUUUAAGGUGUUGAAACUGAAUCCGUCCAGGACUGUUUCAUGUCUGCAGGGUUUCAGCAGCUCUGACGUGUGUUUGAGUUUUGUCGGUGUGUGUGUGUGUGUGUGUUUUCUCCCUCACUUUUGUGGUCUGAAUGUGUGUUAUUAACCCGUCCUUCCCCUCCUGACUCCCAGAUGCCCCGUCACACCUCCCACUGCCACCCUCGGCAUCGCUCCGUCAGUUUCCAUGCCAACCCAGCCGGAGAAUAGCACCUCAGAGCAUCGCUGCCGCAUCUGCCAGAGGUCGUUUCCAGGGCAACAGGAGCUGCUGGUUCACUUCCAGGGUCAUCGCCAAGGCAACCAGUACCGGUGCGACCGGUGCGGCCACCUGACGCGAACCGCCAAUAAGCUGGUGGAGCACGUGCGCGUGCACACGGGCGAGCGUCCGUUCACCUGCGAGCUCUGCCCCUACAGCGCCAAGAGACGGGACAGUCUGCGGCUGCACUGCAAGGUCAAACACCCCACAGACGUGCACGCACACGUGCACACGCACCGCUCCUACGUGCACGGAGACAAUCAGAGAGGAGCGCACAAACACCUGCAGCGGCUGCACACGCUGCCGCACUCACACACUGCUGCUCCCUCCUCCUCCUCCUCCUCCUCUCUUCCUGCUCUUCAUCCCUCACUCUCUGACCGCGCAGGAUGGAGGGAUCUGUCUCCUCUCCUCCCCAUCACCACACUCAUCACUCUCAAACCACGCUCUCCUUCUUCUACAUCCUCCUCCUCCUCCUCCUCCUGCUCCUCCUCGUCUUCCUCCAACAAACACUCCUUCCUCGGUUACCUUGGUCUGACGACGUCUUUGUAAAUGCUUUCUUUGAUUUUUCCCUCCUCUCUCUUCAUUCCUUUCCUCCUCUCCUUUCCUCUCCUCUAUCCCCCUACCCCCUUCUUCCUUUACCUGAUCUACUUGACCUCUCCGCCCCCCCUCUUUCUCUCCCUCUCCUCUGCAGACCUUAUUCACACGGCAGUCAUUCUGAUCACGUCACACUCAGGUUGGAAAACUGAGCGCUGAUCGGUGAGAACACGACUGAUUUGAUCCGUAUUUACAGAAUCUUCUGUCGACAUGGAGAGCAAAAACAGACGUGACACGACCCACGAAAAAGAAACACCGGCUCCUAGUUGGUGGUUAUGUAAUGAGAUUUAUUAAACCGGAACAGAUAAUUAAGUAUUAUCCUACAUGGAAGCAGGUAUAACUAACAUUUAGAAAACCUGUUCAGUUCAUCGUUAGAAGACGUUCGUCGUUUCUCUGGUUUAUUUCACUGAAUAAUUAAAAUAGAAACAGACUAAAGUGAAGCUUCUGUUUUUUUGUAUCUGUGUUUUUUUAACCUAAAUAUUAACCAGGAAGAGUCUAAACUCUCACACGGGAUUUCCACCGCAUCCGGAAUGGCGUUGAUUUUCGCCGUCUGCCGAUUCCUACUGGAUCUGUUUGUGAGGCGAAUUUCGUGGCGGAUCACGGACAGCAGGGAUUGCGAGAACUCACAAGAACCCACGGAUUCACGUGCAAUCA